AUGUAUUCUAUGAUACAACUAUCACCAAUAACAAUUUAUAAAUCAAAUGUUAAAGAAGGGAAAUGUGAAUUAAUAGGUUCAUUUUCUUUAUUUACUCAAUUAUUAUUAGGUUUGCUUUGUUUAUCAUCAUUAGUUAUUAAAAGAAUAUAUUUUGAAUAUCCAAUACGACGUAAUUUUAAAAUUUGGUGUUUUGAUGUUAGUAAACAAUUAAUAGGAGCAUUUGGAGUACAUAUAUUCAAUAUUACAUUAAGUACAUUAAAAACUUCAGAUGAUUUAAGUAAUUUAAUAUUAGAAGAACCAGAUAUUGAUGAUGACGCAUGCGACUGGUAUUUUUUAAACAUUGUAUUAGAUUGUACGAUAGGUGUUUAUAUCCUAUAUUUGGUUUUUAAGUUUAUGAAUCAUAUUUGUAAAGAUUAUUUCCAUAUUACAAAUAUUGAGAGUGGGAAAUAUGGAAAUAAUCUAAAUAGUCCCUCAUUUAAGGCAUUUUUUAAACAAUUAAUUAUAUAUUUUAUUUCGUUAAUGAUUACCAAAGUUAUUUUAUAUAUUGGUGUUGAAAUAUUUGAGUAUCAAUUAUUAUGGAUAUGUAAAAAUAUUUUAUUAUACUGGUUAAAUGAUUAUUCAGAUGAAUUUGAAAUAUUUAUAGUAAUGUUUAUAAUUCCUAUAAUUAUGAAUUGUUUACAAUUAAUCCUAAUUGAUAAUUUUAUAAGGAAUCAAUUUUGGAAAAGUACAAAUCAGAAAAUACAAAUGCAAUAUCCUAAUUUUCAAAAUGAAACUGAUUCAAUACGACAAAGAGAAAUAGAUCAAGUUAUAAAUGAAGAAUUAAUAAACGAAAUAGAAAAUAAUCAAAAAAAUUAUCAUUCAAUUAAUCAAGUAUAA